UUGGAUGCUGCAAUGCAAAGAUGAACAUAAAAUGUUCAAAUUAAGCCAGUGAGAAACUGUGUCAUGAUAUAAUCAGUUGUUUUGUGAGUGCCUAGACCUUGCCAAGCUUUUUUAUUACCAUGUGCUAGAAUAAUAAUGGAUUCAGAAGAAAAUGUGGUAGCACAACCAUUGACAGAUGAUGACCCUGCAUCAGAAUCUUCCACUGGCACUACUAUUCAGAAUAUGAAUUAUUCUGGACCAAAAGUACCAUUUGAUGCAAAGACCAAAGAUAGAACACAAAACUAUGAUGCAGAAGAAAAUAUUGUUCUGUUUAUUGAUAAAUCAUACAUAAAGUCUUGCAUUGGGUUGCUGAGACUGAUUCAAGUGAUUUUCUCACUGAUUGCAUUAAUAAGUUUGACUACAGCAGGGAAGAGAGAUGGUGACUUUUUACAAUUACCACUUAGCUGGCAUUUUCGUGUAAUGGUAUUUGUUCUACUGCUGACAUCAAUGACAAGUUUGACUUUAUGGAUAAUCAAUGCCACAGGAUUAGUUCUGGCUCUGCCACUUAACUGGUAUUUACUGGAUACAGUGGUGUAUUCAAUGUUUUCUUUCCUAUAUUUAGUGGGAACAUCAUUAGUUGCCAAUGCUUUUGAUUUCUAUGAGAAGAUGCCGAGUGACAUCCCCAGAACUAUGAUUCAGCAGCUAAUAUUCUGUGUUGUGCUUGGAUACAUCUGUAUGUGUUUAUAUGGCCUGACAGCACUGGUAGGCUAUAAACGCUGGAAUAUUCAACAUAAACUAUUUAAAAGACGAAGAUUACUGGAAGAAGAUCAAGAUUUAGAAAUAUGAAGAAUUGUGCAUAAUUGUAUAGAAAAUUGUUAAUUAGAUAAUUUAGUUAGAAUACUACAGGGACAGUGAAACUUCAGGAGACCUUUAUAUAGCAUGUGGAUGGAUUUCUGUUUAUUAAUUCAUUAUCUAAUGUGGCUAAGACGACAACUUUGUGCUUUUCUAGUAUUUUGUAUCCAUUUUAUGUCAGUCCAAUUUCAAACCAAUUGGUUGUUUAAUCUUUAAGU